ACGUCACGACGCAGUCACGCAGCCCAGAAUCACAUGAGUUGUUUCCCAGGAGACUUUAAUAUUCGACAUGGACGAGGACGGGCUCCCGCUCGUGGGGUCUGGAGUCGAUCUUACUACGGUUCCUGCUAUUCAAGAGAGGAAAAUCGUGGCCUAUCUUAACCAGUUUGUUGUACAUACAGUUCAGUUCCUGAAUCGUUUCUCCACAGUUUGUGAAGAGAAACUCGCAGGCAUAUCUCUUCGCAUACAGCAGAUAGAAACCACCCUAUGCAUUUUGGAAGCCAAGCUUUCCUCCAUUCCUGGACUUGAGGACGUCACAAUAGAUAGACUGAGUCAGCAGCAACCUACACAGACUAAUGGACCCACUCCAGCUAGUCAGAGCCAAGCAGAUGCUCCAACAGCAGCAAUGUUGCCACCUUCAGAGCCUGUUCAGACUGCACAAGAAUCUGCACAGACCCAAACCCCAGAAGCAGCUGCAGAGAAUGGAUUGACAGUUGCCAAAGACCCUCGUUAUGCUCGGUACCUGAAAAUGGUUCAAGUGGGGGUUCCAGUUAUGGCCAUUAGGAAUAAAAUGGUGAUGGAGGGUUUGGAUCCUAACUUGCUCGACUCGCCAAACGCACCUGUGCCUGAUGGAGGAAGCACAGAGGGUCAAGAUGUCGCUGCCACCAGCUCUGACAGUGAAUCAUCCUUCAGUGACUGAUGCGCCUCAUCUACCCUCAUCGCUGCAGAGCAUCUCGUGAAGGUCUGUGCUCAGAAAGAGCUGGAGGUUGCAACCUGCCAGUGAAGGAGCACCACCAAGAAGGUGCAGAUGUUAAACGCCUGGAAGAGUGAUUGUAAUUUCAGUGUGAAUGAGCUGAGAUGAUCAUUCAGACCUCAUAGAUUUAGAUGCAUCAUUAUUAUUCUUUUUUUAAAUAAUAAUAGUUUCCCUGUUGAUUAUGUAAUCAGUAGUCUUCAGGCAACACAGUAGCAUGUAGUUCCUCUACAAAAUUCUCGUAGUCUUUUGUAGUAACACUGUCAAUACAGUUUGAUGCCUUUAAGGGAUGCACACAUCAGCCUGGCUUUGUAUAUUUGAAUGUUAAAAACAUGUGAAUCACUUUGCUUAAUCCAGGCAGAGAAACUGCCCCAGUGACCUGGUUCCAGUGUUACAGUACCUGUAUAGAACCUGUUUGUCUGUCAAUCACGUUUGACUGCUCAUUAGCAGGACGCCACAUUUGCACUUGUCUGGCAUUCUGGAUGCUUGAAAUACCUGUUGGUCUACAUUUUAAUGUGCUGAGAAACAGAAGUAAAAGGUUUCAUCUUGCUUUGCAGAGUAUUGUGAGAGAUGCUUUUUGCUUUGUUUGUUAAUGGGUGGAAACAGUUGUUGUUUGAUUCGGAUCCAAAUUGUUGUUUGUUGAUUCAUUUACCUUUACAUGUAAAAUCUAACCCUAUCGACUCCACUUUGCAGAACAAACCUAAUUACAUGUCAACAAUCGGACUCAAUAAUAGUAAAAAACGGUUGUGCACUAACUCUUAAGUGAAUGGUUUACUAACUUACACUAAAAGAUAAAUUGGUGAGAAACUCCACGUUAGAAUAAACUGGUUCUAUUUUUUGUCAUCA